AUGUCCAUCCCAGGUGUCUUCGACUUCGCUGUUAAUGUCCAGCUGUUAAACAUCCGUCUCCUGAUAGCACCUUUGAGGGUAUUCAAGGACAGUGCUCAUGACCUACUGUUUGCGGAUGACUGCUCCCUAAAUACCGUAACACAAGAGGACAUGUAUCGGAGUGUUGACCUAGUCGUCUCCGACUGCCUCAACUUUGGUCUGACCAUCAGCACGAAGAAGACAGUGGUCCUGCACCAGCCCGCUCUUAGUACUGACUACACCGAGCCCCUACAAAGGUAGGCGGGACUCACUUCAACGCCGUGGAGAAAUUCGCAUAACUUCGAAGUUUAAUUGCAAUGAGCAUCAAGAUCGACGACGAAGCUGAAAGUCACAUCUCAAAAGCCAGCCAGGUUUUCGGCUGGCUAAAAUACUCCAUCUGGAACCGUUGCGACAUUCUUAUCGACACUAAAGUGGGGGUGUAAAGGGCUGCUGUCCAGACAACUCUUGUACGGGCGGAAAGUGAGCAGUUUAUUAAGGACUAAAAAGAAGACAAUCGUGUUUACCUCAGUUGCCUCGGAGGAAUACCGGAAGCGAUAAAGUCUCCUAGACACUGAGAUCCCAGCAAGAACUGACAACUCCCUAUAUCCACGCAUUGCUGACUCGGACAAAAUUGUCAUGAAUCGGCCACCUUGUGAUGACUGACGACGAGCUCUCACACAGGCAGUUAGUUUACAGCGACGUAGCUAUGGGUGGUCGCAGAGAAGGCUGGCAAGAGCGUCACUACGAGGAUACCAGGAAGAUCUCAUUCAAGCGCCUGCAAAUCAAUCCAGACGCCUAUGAGGACCUCACAAAAGAACUUUAAUCAUGGCGCAUUACUGUAAACACCGUGACACUCAUCUUUGAAGCCAGACAAAUAUUCGUUACCAAGAGAAGGAAUGAGGUCCCCAAGAUUCAAGUGCUACGGGCCAAUGAUGCUAUCCCCAGUCCCUGCACUGUGCCCACACUGUCUAUAGACAUACGGGCACGAAUCGGAAUUGUUGAUUCUCUGCGGACCUAGUGCAAUCCCAACAUGACUGAUCCACCCUUUAUCUUACAAAACAACACCGGCAGUUCGACCGUAUUUGUCGACGAUGUCCACUGUGUGCUCCAAGGCAAGGUAAGGGCAGGGACGUUGACUUGCGCGUGCAUUAGUUUGUAGUGAAUGUAGACUUGCACAGCAUCUACCGCACUCCCUCCUCCCUCACCUGGACCUGGCGUCAAGACAGAGUCAAGAAGAUCGGAGGUGAGGAGGGCGCAGAUGGAUGGCACGGCCGAGCCUGCGCCUUGGCGCUUCACUCCACACCCCCUGGUCCACACAGCAAAUAAUCAGGUUUUUGACCAAAAACAUCAACAAUGGAACGGCGGCAGGGGUCGCAGUGUGCGCGACGUCUGCCGGCAACGGGGUCUGACACCGCACCCCGAAAUGGUGGCAUUUGUAAUGGUGUGCAAAUCGAUAACGCCUGCCAGAAUCCGAUAUGUCCCCCGUGUUGGUCCAGCUCAUCUACCUAAUGACCCGUUCGGGGGCACAAAAAGCAACAACAACCAAUACCAUUAAUAACACCUGUGAGGACAUUUCUACCGAUCUGCAAAACUACUGCUGAUGCCUAUAGCACCAACGAUGUGAACUAAAUUCCAAAUUAACUCCAGUGCAAUCGCCAUUUUUCAUCGCGUACUGGACUGUUCGGUCACUAGUCAAUCCAUCAUUUUGGACUUGAUGGACCAUCGCGUGUAGCUCCGACAUACAUCAUUCACUUACGCCUCACCACCUUGCAAUGCCCAGGACGUCCAGGCAGCGCAUGAGUCUAAUUGACCAUAUGGGCAGCCAAAUUCACCACAAUAUCAUCACGCCCGAAAAUUCCUUUAUAACCAGCACUUCCCAACUUAACCACCACCAGUGUCACCACACCGACUGCUCUCUAGCCACGGUCUUAUCCUGUCCUUACCGUCGCCACACACUUGCACCACGCAUCGGCCUGGUCGGGCACUUGCGACUCCAUCGCACUGAAACUGGCGUACCAAUGUCCGGAGGGUCAAUAUGCGCCCAUCGCUCCUGCUUCAUCUGCCCACACUGCUCAAGGACAUUCGGUCUUCGCAUGGGCCUAUUCGGCCAUAUCCACUUUCAUGCAGAUCGUCCAUCAAACCGUCCUCCAAACCCUACCGUCACACCUCGCCCAAACUGCUUAUACGCCCAUCCUCAGGCUACUUAUGACACCCCCCCCCCACAUUACUCCCGAUAUCCCUUAAGCAUCAUGCCUUGCGAUCCGUUUCGCCGUCGCAUAUCCAGGCAUCCCACGUAAGUGAGAAGCAUACUCUUUGACGUAUCCUGGCACAUGGAUUUGUGGCCAGGUCGUGUGCGGGCAACGUAGACUGCAUAUUGCAGCUGUAUCAGACACUGCACCCAAUUUGGUCCCUAGCUAUUUGACAGGCUCGGACAGUCGAUUGGUGCAUGAGAGAGAGAGAGAGAGAGAGAGAGAGAGAGAGAGAGAGUAAGUCAGCCCGACAUUGCGGAAUUCAUACGCACGGCAACAAAUCAGCGCACUCCACAAAGUAAUAAACCUGAUGCCGUUUAAUGUGACUAAUUGCAAUGUUUUGCAAGUCGGCAGGACCCCAUCUCUGAGCCAAAGGCUUAACCACCUAAAUGGUGUACCAUUACGGGAGGUAGACGCCAAGGAAGACUUGGGUGUGUGGGUAACGGCUUCUCUAAAACCGUCACUCCACUGCUCCAAGGUAACCAAGUCCGCGAUAUCAGUCCUUUAUCUUGUCAAGAGAGCUUUCUCUACCUUCGAUGAGGACUGCUUCGUUAAAGUCUUUCAGACUUUUGCACGGUCACAGCUAGAGUUCGAUAUUCAGGCGUGGAAAACUUGGACCUCUAAAGAUCUCAGCAUCCUUGAGGAAGUUCAGAGGCGGACAAACAAACUCAUAAGUGGAAAGGGUUCACUACCCUAUGAAACACGAAUAUCCAAUUUUGGGCUUUUUCCACUGAAUUACAGACAGCUAAGAGGCGACCUUAUACAAGCAUGCCGUAUAAUGCGCGGCCAGAACUGCUGUCUCUUACCUGCUGAUUUCUUUGAGUUCGCGACCACAACGAACCUCCGAGGUCAUCCAAUUAAGCUACGUGUGACUGGCGCCAAGCUGGGCAUUCGGAAGUUCUUCUUUUCAAACAGAGUGAUCGAGGCCUGGAAUGCUCUGCCUGCAGAUGUCGUCAUGUCCACCUCCAUUGAGGCUUUUCAGCGCAAGUUGGACCAGUGUACCACUAAAGGUCAUAAUGUCGCCUGACCGACAUCGUCUUAGCAUUUCGUUCGAGCAUUUUAUGAAUGUUAUAAUAUUACUGUCUGUAUUUCAGUAACGUUUGUUUUGUAUUAUUGUCCCAGGUCCGUUUAAUGUGAGUGUUGGCAUUCAAUUUGUCUCCCUCAGAAACUGUCAUAGCACCAACUAUCCAUAGCCAGACUACUGUACAGCAGAUUUAGUAACUUUAAUGUUUUUAAUACUUGGAACAACUCGUUUAUCCGUCUGGUUUCAAAAACUUUGCCCAUCUGAGAAAAAACUUCUGUAGCUGUUUAAUAUUUCCAUUUUCAAAUUUUUGAUAUAAUUCGCUUCCAAGUAACAAAUAGGGAGUUCAAAGGUACAACACCUAUGUUUCCCUCAAAUAAACUAAAACUGAAAUUAUCACAAUGCGUUAGGGGUCGUGGCUUGAAAGCUGCCCAACGGACUGGAUAACUCGAUCCGCGUGGUGGACUGAGAGUCGGACUCAAUGCCUCUCUGUGGUCUUUAUGCCAGUCUCACGCUCCUGAGAUCCGAGCCGACCAUUGCAUUGAAGAUCAAGCACAGCUCACACGAAUGCGAUGCAUGUUCUCUGGUGUACCCUGUUACAUUAUUUGGUCAUCAGGUCACGUGCGCGUUCUAGUAGCGAUCAGAAUAUAGUUGUCAGACUUGUACGCCGAAAGGUGCUGAAGCACACUUAGUCCAAUGAAUACUGAAAAUUUAGCAAAACUAAUGCACACGGAAUGCUAAUUAUGCGCCAUUUAAGACCUAUCUUCCAAGGAAAGCAAGGAGAAAAGCCAAACGAUGCCCUCUUGCAGGCGUAACGGUUAUCUGGGGAAGUCCAUGUGACCUGCUUCUCGAAGCAAAUGCCCUUGAGCGCUCGGAUGGGUUCAAGGGAACUUAAUAAUAACUUUUUAAUUCAGCAGCUACAGCAGAUGUCACUGUCGAUACAAGAGAAGAUGCGAGUUCCAGGAACUAGUUGAUCAUAAGAAGAAGAAGAAGAAGAAGAAGAAGAAGAAGAAGAAAAAAGAAGAAGAAGAAGAAGAAGAAGAAGAAGAAGAAGAAGAAGAAGAAGUAAUCGCUGGAACAAGGGCUUUAUUCGCCUGACGUUUCAGAUUCUCACUUGGACCCAUCAUCAGAGACAGUGGCAGAAAAAGGUGACUCGUGAACUGUAAGUUGCAGUAAGUAUAGGAUGCAGUCGCUAUGCUACCGCAUACCUAUAUUAAUUAACCGCCCCCCCCCCUUCAUCAAGGGCUGUUGCGCGCUGGUGCGCUAAUUGCUUGAUGGCCGGCAUGCAAGUUUUUAAUUGCUGACAUCUCAUCACCCGUGUUGGAUGCUGACGUGAUGAUUGCUCAGCCAUCUGGCUCACCGGCUUGCGCGCUCCUCGAGUGGUCAAUUGCUUUGGCCAGUCUAUGCCUCAGCACAGAAUAUGGAGUGGAAAUGUCGUUGCACUUGUUAAUAGACUGAGGCCCCGUGAACCAUGACUUAAGCAACUCGCGGCUCACGCGAUUAUCCCUCUCGCGAGAAUUUCGGCCUCAUCAAACUUGAAUGUGUGGCCGGGUCUCGUCGAAUAGGCCGCGACCUGACAGUUGGCGUCAUUUCUCCGUACCGCUGCCACGUGUUCGGCAAUUCGCGUCCGGAUCAGUCUUCAAGUUUCUCCGACGUAGUUGCUUUGUCCGCAACUGCACCAGAUCCGGUAAACGACUCCAGAUGUUUCUUUCCGUGGAGGUGGGUCUUUUGGUCUCAUCACCCGACGCCUUAUGGUGGCCUGCGGUUUGUGUGCAACUCCAGUGUCAGUGUUGAUUAUUUCAGCUGGUGACAGUGUUCAUGGCCUAUACAAUAGCUCCUUUCCGCAACAUCUGCGCUGUGCGUGUGGGUAGGCUUGUUUUUCUGAUCCCAGGUGGUGACGCAUUUCAUGAUUGGCUGGAUUAAGACCGAAAAAUUUGUAACGGUGUUGUCUCGGGACACUCUCAGUCCUGUAGCCACUCAUGGCAGAGUUCGGCGUAUUCGUGAUCACUGCCGCCCAUAAGGUGCAUUUUCACUUCCAUGUGUAGUAAGAACGCAUUAAUUACCUCAAAUCUGUAAAGUAACACGCAAAGUCAGCUGUAGGAGAACAUGUUAUCACUGGAGCAAGAAGUUAAUUGGUCUGACGCUUCGGAUUCUCACUCGAACCCAUCAUCGAGACAGUCGCAGAUAAGGGUAUUGAAGGCACAAAGACUGCAGUAUUUAUAGUACGUAGCCGUCGUGAGACCACGUGCAUGUUAUAAUUAGCAGCUCUCGCAAUCACCGCUGGCGGUCGUAGUUGAUGGGAUGAUUAAUCGUCAGUCCACAUCCGAGUCGUUUGCUGCCGCAAUUAAAUCAUCCGUGCUGGAUGUCGGUGUGAUGAUUACUUGGCAGUUUGGCUCACCAUCACUGGGAUUGUCGCUCGCCCGCGCCUACACCCCACGUGACUGAUUUCCCUGCCCAGGGAAUUUCUCAGCACCGAAUACGGUGACAGGAGGUCAUUGCGUUCGUUGAUGGAAUGCGGGCCUGAAAACCUUGACUCGUGCAGCUCGCGGCUCACGCGGUUGUCAGCUCUUGCGAGCAUUUCGUUCUCCUGGAACUUGAAAAUAUGAUCCGAUCCCGUGGAAUGGGCUGCCACCUGAGAUCUAUUGUCUUUCCUUUUCACCGCUGCUGUGUGCUCGAACAUCCGAGUCUAGGGUAAUAUCCCAUUCUCUCCAACAUGGUUGCUCUGUCCGCAAUUGCGCCAGAUCCACUAAACGACUCCAGACGUUUCCUGCCGUUGCAACGGAUAUUUCGGCCUCAUGACUUGGCGCCUGAUGGUUGCUUCCGGCCUUUUUGUACAACCCCAACUUCAAGUGGAGUGAGAAGGCGACUGACGGCUUCCGAGAAGUUCCUUUCACGUACGAAAGAACUCACCGAAAUUUAGGGACGAUUGGAUUUGGCAUCUGAUUUUGUUCGCGUAUGCGCUGCUUGGUAAAGUUGCGCGGGUAGCUCUUAGCUCUUAGUACCCGUCGAAGACAUUUUGAUCCAUCAGCCUUGACUUUCCAAAAAUACCCUUCUCUAUACUUUCAAAUUUAUGAUUAUAGAGGCCGCUAACCGAUCGUUUUUAUGGAACUCACUCGACCAGUUGUGCCUUACGGGGUCUCUCUCGAACUUAACCUGUAGUCGCACAGCGGCGUAUGAUAUAGGCAGAAUGUUAUUGACGACAAAGUAAACUUCGUUUGUAGAUGUAUAGAAUGUGUUCUCAUACCAAAAACGUAGUAAGUAUGAAAGAAUAAAUAAAAUAACGUCCAAUAAUAGUGUUUCAGUGGAGUUUACAUCUAAAUAUGUAUGAACAACGAUAAUUGAGCUUUGGCGAAUGACAAUGUUCACAACUGGCCGGCAAAAUGGGCACAGACGUGACUUGCGAAUGCAAAUUUGGUUAUGAUGAAUCAGAAUUGCAUCUCAAAAGCUCUUUCCCCAUCCACUGCAUUCCAAUUCGCAGGUUAAAGUGCGUAUGGACUCAAUUGUUGGAAGAAGAUAGACGGUCGGUCUCCACAUUCACACACAUAAGGCUUCAGGGGGAUCUCGAAGAUUAGGUUAAUGAGAGCACAGUACAUUUCAUAAAAUGUAGAAGCUAUUUCAAUAUCAUCCUCAGGUCUGAGUGUAACCAAAUUUGCCAAUCAAUUACUAAUCCUUCAAGCCAUAACUGUUGAGGGACUGUGAUGGCUUUUAACGACGUUCGAUUUAGAAUAGUAAGGAAUGCGCCCGUUUUCCAGUGGGAUGGAUACCGUUCCAACAUUGAACUAACAAAUAGAAGCGAACAGGCGAGUUCCAGGAUGCAGUCCAGGAGAAGAAGAAGAAGAAGAGGAGGAGGAUGAUGAUGAUGAUGAUGAUGAUGAUGAUGAUGAUGAUGAUGAUGAUGAUGAUGAUGAUGAUGAUGAUGAUGAUGAUGAUGAUGAUGAUGAUGAUGAUGAUGAUGAUGAUGAUGAUGAUGAUGAUGAUGAUGAUGAUGAUGAUGAUGAUGAUGAUGAUGAUGAUGAUGAUGAUGAUGAUGAUGAUGAUGAUGAUGAUGAUGAUGAUGAUGAUGAUGAUGAUGAUGAUGAUGAUGAUGAUGAUGAUGAUGAUGAUGAUGAUGAUGAUGAUGAUGAUGAUGAUGAUGAUGAUGAUGAUGCGAUCACUGGAACAGUAAGUUUAUUGACCUGCUUACCAUUGGAAGUCGUAAUUAAGGCGAUGAUGUCCCGUCAGUCGUCGUCCGAGUCGUUAACUGCCGCAAUUUCAUCAUCCGUGUGGGAUGUUGACGUGAUUGUUACCCAGCCAUUCGACCAGCUGUCACCAGGAUAUUUGAGCGCCCGCAGCCUCCCCACGUGACUGGUUCCCCUGCUCAGGGAAUGUCUCAGCAACCGGACGGAAAUGGCAGACCUGCCUAUACGAGCACAAACUGGAAAAACGGAGUCUGGACUCGAACUCGCAGCUUGCAACUCACGUCGGAGAAACUGGCCACAAUUUUGACUUUCAAGGAGCAACCAUCUUAAGCCGGGGCAACUCAAAGAUCGAAAGUCUCACACUCAAGGCUGGGUACUCAGAUGCCAACCCCAUCAACAGGCAUCUAGACCUUCCUGCGGACUAUAAAGUCCUGCGUCCCUACACAUACCAUGAGCAGGAUAGGGCGUCCACGCGGAGUUUAAGAAUGCCGAGGAAACACGACCCGUCGACUAAUUCACCCGGAGGGGGAGAACAGGUGCCAGCGAUCCCCAUCGGGGUGACGACACGCAACACAGGAGGCAGCCUACAUUCACAUACAACGGCCAGAAGGCCAGGGCAGCGAAAGAAGAAGGACAAUCGACUGACCCAUGGCCAACUAAUUCGGCCGUUUAUUCAAGAUUCUGGUCGAUUUUUUGCAAAAAACGCUUUGAUAAUGAAGAGCCGGCCAAGCCCUCCGAAAAGUCAGUCAUCCAAUUCCACUGAUCCAGUGACCUCUCCAUAAUUCUCAGAUUAUCGACCCGGAUCUCUUACAUUUACUAACCUUAUUUCACGUUUUCGACGAACAUUUCGCGUGCGGAUCGGCCUCUUUGGACAUCUCCAGACCCAAUGCAACCACAACUUGGCAACUCCACCAGCUGCCUCCACAAACGUCCCAAUCAUCACUCAUGAUUCAACCUCCGCGACUACGGCCACGACAGCUACCAACUCUCCCAUCCCCACUAGCGGUGAGAACACUUUCGAGCGCCGUCCCCACAACCAACGCCCCCACUAUCAGCCGUGUGGACUGGAUCCCAACCUAUCCUGA